AAAUAAUUUUAAAUGUACAGAAAAGUUGCCAAAACAGAGCAAAGAAUUUCCACAUCUCUUUCACCCAGAUUCUCAUAUAGUUAACACCUUAUUGCUUCAUUGCUCACUUUAUUUACAUGUAUAUGUGCAUAUGCAUAUAUUCCUUACUAUGAGUCCUUUUCUGGACAUUUUGAGGGUGGACAAAGCAAACUACAGACUUGAUGUUCCAACACUCCUAAACACCCUGUUGUGUAUUUUCCUCUAAAUAGUGUCCUAUAUAAAAGCAAACAAACUUCCAUAUCAGGGAAUCAGUUUUGGUACACUACCAUCCAAUCCAUUAAGCCCAUUCAAAUUUUGCCCACUGUCACAACAAUGUCUCUUUUCUGGUCCAAAAUACUAUACAGGAAUACAUAUUGCAUGUAGCUGGCAUAUAUCUUCAGACUCCUUUGGAACAGUUCCCAGUCUUUCAUGUCUUUGACAGUUUUAAAGAGUACAGCACUUACUUUCAAGGGGGUGGCCUAAAACCUCUCUCUGAUGGCAGGAAUAGCACAAAAUGAUGCUUUCUUUUUCCCAGUGAGUCUCAUCAGGAGGCAUGCAAUGUAGACUCCUCCCAAUCAUGGUGAUGUUAACCUCAACCACAUGGUAUUGUUGGUUUCAUUUCACAAUUUCCCCUUUGUAAUUGGUAUUCCAAAAUCAUGCCAAUAUUCUCUUCUCAUCAAACCUCCUCUCACCAACUUUAGCAUCCACUUAUAUAGUGUGUGCCAAAUGGUAAUUCUCUGUUUCCAUCAUUUCCUCUUUCUUAUUGGGUUGGCAUUCUGUUAGGAGCUUUCUUUUCCUUUCUCUCCAUUUAUUUAUAUUCAUGUGAACUUGUGUAUCCCUAUUUUACUCAGUGGACUGUAAUCAUUAUCAUUGUUUAUUUUGACGCCCAAAUUUAACCAGUGGGAGCCCCUUCAAAAUGGCUCUUAAUAUUGCAACAUUUGAAAGUAUGUAUGUUGCUAAGACCCAUCCACGUGUAGUUGCAGUUAAUUCAUUUAGACUGCUUUGUAAUAUGCUAUUUUGUGACUAUAUAAUCAAUUUGGUCAUCCACUCAUCCACUGACGGGCACUUGGGUUGUUUCCACGUUUUUGCUAUUUUAUUAUUCCAAAACUCUUGGUGUUUUCAAAUGUAUUAAAACUUUGGAUUAGUAUUAUAUACUUCAAGUCUAUUUAUUGUAUAAGUAUUGAGCACCAGAAGUAGGACUGUUUUGCACUCUCACCAACAGUGUGUGAGAGGCUCACUUUUAAAAUAACUCAUCUGCAUUUUUCAUGGAGAAAGAUUUAAAUGACCGGUUUUCAAAGCCGUGUAAUAAAGGCUUUUAUUUUAUUUUUAAGUAAAUUUCCUCUUGGUUUUCCAACUAUUUGUGUAGGGAUAUUGAAAGGAAAAGGUCGACAAAACAAAAUCCAAAGUUAGAAAACGUUGCAGUUAAGCUAAAGCAAAGUUGCACCCGCGAACAUGGCAACAGAAACUGCCACUCAAGCGCCUAGUUCCUGGAGCGCAGGCGCAGACAGCUGUUUUCCCCCCACCAGAAACCAUUAUCGCGAGUCUUAGGGAUAAACUUGUAAAGAAUGCCAGAACUAAGUUCUCGCGAGAGGUAGUUAGUUGCUAUAGUUGCGGGUAACGCAAUUGUGGCUGCCUCAGAGACCAGAGAAGACCAGAGGGACUUUGCCCAAGUGCUGAUAUGGAGCAGGUGUCAUCAACAGGCAGACCUGUGCAGAUCACUGUGACAGAUGGAUAUGACUUGAAAGGUUUUAAAGGAGAUACUCCAGUUACUUUUAUUCGUGCAGAAUUCAGUCAAGUGGUUCUGGGAGACUCUGCAAAGGUUACGGUUUCUCCAGAAGGAACUGCAAAAUACAACUUCACUAGCAGCUUUGAGUUCAAUCCUGAAGGAGGAAUUACUUUGGAUGACCUCGCCCACAAACCUGUGUUCUUAACUAUGACUGAAGUUUUACCAAAGGAAAAGAAACAGAAAGAUGAGAAGACCUUAAUUCUUGGUCAAGCUGUGGUGGACCUUCUUCCUUUACUGGAAGGAGAAAGUUCAUUUGAAACAAUAAUCCCCUUGCACCCUGUGCCAGGCUCGCCUUUAGAAUCUCUUCGAUCAGGUGCUAAGCAGUGCAGUCUUGAAGUUAAAGUAUUUGUGGCAGAGCCCUUAUUGACCACAGCACAGAUUUUAGGAGGCAAUCUACUGAAGGUCACAUUGGAGGCUGCCUACUCUGUGCCUGAAUCUUUCAUUCCAGUAGGGCCUCUGCAGAACUACAUGGUUGGUCUGCAAGUUCCAUCAGUUGGAGAGAAAGACUAUCCCAUUUUGUUCAAGAAUGGAACUCUGAAGAUUGGAGGGGAAAGAGAACCUGUUCCCCGGCCUAAAAAAUGGCCAAUUGCCAACAUUCUGGCUCCAGGAGCUAAUGACAUUCCUAAUGCUUUCAUUACUGGUGGGCCCUAUGAGGAAGAAGAAGGAGAACUCAAUCACCCUGAGGACAGGGAAUUUAGGAACCAAGCAGAGUGCAUAAAGAAAAGGAUUACUUGGGACCUGGAAAGUCGCUGCUACCUUGAUCCUCCUGCAGUAGUCAGUUUUCAGAAGCGAAUUGUUGAUUGCCGCUUUUGGCCUGUAGAGAUCACAAGAGUUCCUCUGACUACUGUACCCAAAGGGAAAGCUGCAAAAUUUGAUAAGACUGAUGAUGAAAGUCAGCUUUCAUUUCAUGGUGUGGCUUAUGUGAAUAUGGUCCCAUUGCUGUAUCCAGGUGUGAAGAGGAUUCGGGGAGCUUUUCAUGUUUACCCUUACCUAGACAGUACAGUCUAUGAAAAGACCAAAUGUUUAUUUAGCUUGUUCCGGGAUACUGGCCAUCAUUUGAUUCAGAAUAAUAAAAUAGGAGGAAUUAAUUCUCCAUUGUCUAAACUAGUUGUUUCAAAGAACCUGAAAGAAGAUAAAGCAGUCAAAGAAAAGGAUAUAGAAGGAAGGCCUAGGCCUGGGGAUAUGCAAGCACCUAGUAUAAAAUCUCAGAGCUCAGAUACUCCUUUGGAAGUUGAACCCUCUCUAAGCCACAAUCCAGAAGGACAGCAAUAUGUAGAAGCAGGCACAUACAUUGUGUUGGAGAUUCAGCUGGACAAAGCCUUGGUUCCAAAGCGAAUGCCAGAGGAGCUAGCCAGAAGGGUCAAGGAUAUGAUUCCGCCAAGGCCGCCUCUUACCCGUCGGACAGGAGGAGCUCAAAAGGCAAUGAGUGACUACCACAUGCAGAUCAAAAAUAUUUCUAGAGCCAUUCUGGAUGAGUAUCACCGGAUGUUUGGAAAACAGGUGGCCAAACUAGGGAGUGAUAUGGAUAGUGAAACCCUAGAGGAACAGAAGUGCCAGCUCAACUAUGAACUUAACUGCUCGGGAAAAUACUUUGCUUUCAAAGAACAACUCAAGCAUGCUGUAGUAAAGAUUGUGAGAGAGAAGUAUUUGAAGACAACAUCAUUUGAAAGCCAGGAGGAACUUCAGACAUUUAUUAGUGAGCUCUAUGUGUUCUUGGUGGAUCAGAUGCAUGUGGCCUUAAACCAGACCAUGCCAGAUGAUGUCCAACACGCUGUUUCAACCAUUUAUACAAGCAAUGAACAGCUUCGACUCUUUGCAUUUGAAGCAGAAGUCAAUGAGAACUUUGAAAUGGCAGCAGUGUAUUAUGAAGAGAGGUUGGUCCGUGAGCCCCAGAACUUGGAACACUGGCUGGACUACGGUGCCUUCUGCCUCCUAACUGAGGACAACAUCAAAGCACAGGAGUGUUUUCGGAGAGCCCUUUCCCUCAACCAGAAUCAUAUCCACAGCCUGUUGCUGUGUGGUGUCCUGGCUGUCUUGAUGGAGAACUAUGAGCAGGCAGAAAUUUUCUUUGAGGAUGCUACUUGCUUGGAACCAACUAAUGUUGUAGCCUGGACUUUACUUGGUUUGUACUAUGAAAUUCAAAACAAUGAUAUUCGAAUGGAAAUGGCAUUUCAUGAAGGCUUCAAACAACUUCAGGCACGAAUGCUUCAGGCACAAGUAGCGAAGCAGAGGGGCACUGGUACUGUAGAGUACAUUGAAGAAGGAGGGAAAGUAGAAUCCAGUUUAGGCCCUUGGGGAAUCACUAAUGGUUCUGCAACAGCAAUGACGGUGGAAGCGGAAGCGGCAGCAGGACCAAGAGAUCCAUCAUACAUUCUAGAUGACUUUCUUGAAGAAUCCUCCAAACUGCAGUCUGAUUCACGAGAAAACAUUUUGUCCCUACAAUAUCAAGAUCCAGCUAUCAGCCAAAAACCAUCCAAUAUACUUGUCAAAGACAUACCAGCAAAGAAAGAAACAUCAAAAUGUCAAGAUUCAUCAACCUUUUUGCAUCCCAGCCCUUAUGGUGUUUCCCAAACUCCUGCCACCAUCUUCAUGGAGACCAUACGCUUCUUGAUGAAGGUCAAUGCUGUGCAGUAUGUGCACAGAGUGCUUGCACAUGAGCUGUUAUGCCCUCAAGGAGGCCCCAGCUGUGAGUAUUACUUGGUGCUGGCCCGGACACACCUUCUCAAGAAGGACUUUGCCAAGGCAGAGGAAUACCUUCAACAAGCAGCCCAGAUGGACUACCUGAACCCUAAUGUCUGGGGCAUGAAGGGCCAUCUUUAUUUUCUAAGUGGAAAUCAUGCUGAGGCCAAGGCAUGCUAUGAGCGAACCAUUAGUUUUGUAGUGGAUGCUUCUGAGAUGCACUUUAUCUUCCUGCGACUGGGAAACAUCUAUCUGGAAGAGAAAGAGUAUGAAAAGGCAAAGAAAACCUACCUGCAAGCCUGUAAGAGAUCACCUUCGUGCCUUACCUGGCUAGGACUGGGAAUCGCCUGUUAUCGGCUGGAGGAGCUCACGGAAGCUGAAGAUGCUCUCUCUGAGGCCAAUGCAUUGAACAACCACAAUGCUGAAGUAUGGGCAUAUUUGGCUCUAGUCAGCCUAAAAGCUGGACGGGAACUGGAAGCUGAGCAGGCCUACAAGUACACAAUGAAGCUGAAAUUGAAAGAUGAGACUCUACUUGCAGAGAUCCACACGGUACAGGAGGCAGUUGGCUUUGGAAAUCCAUCUUUCUGACAUCCUUCCAUCUGAAGACUAUUCUGUAUGGGACUCUGAACUUCUUUCCUUCCCAGAGAAAUUAAACCCUGGAUAUUUCAUCACAUGAGGCCCGGGAAUGGACAACACCAUGAACAGAAACUCGUUCAUUUAUUUCCAUGGGCUAUCUUACUGGAUAGCCCUUCCUGGGAUGUUUUACAAAUGACUACUGUAAACUAGAUGACAAUAAAAAAUGGAAGAGAUUAAAAAUUCA